AUGCGCGUUGUAUACCAGCGUUUCUUCCCGGUGCUUCUUCUUUUACUCAGCCUUGAGCACCUCUGCAGCCGACAUGCGUGCGCGGACGAAGGAGAGGAAGGAGGCGUGAAUCACACAGUGGGAGGCAACCUUACGGGCACGCAUUCGUACCGUUCGCCAUCUCUGCUUUCCAUAGGCGAUUCACUUGUCACCGUGUCCGAAACAUGGGAUCCGUCGGACACGGAGCAGUACGUUGACGUGAUUACCGAGUAUAGCGCCCAUUACGGGGCCCCGGCAGUAACACAGGUGGCGGUGCGUAACGAUACGUUGGAUUUUCAUGCUGUGUAUAAGCAUAAGGAGGACCGUGAAAGUACGAUGCACCCCACCGCUGUUGCGAUAGACGGAAUGAUAUUUGUCCUUAUAUUUUGCAAAAAUAUAGGUGCCAGUGGCAACCAAACGGGAGACGCAGUGAUCAUGCCGCAUGUAGCCAAGGGUGUGGUGUUACCAGGCGGCGCGACGGGCAACGUGUGGGUAAACUGGACGCAGCUGAUGCCCAUCAGAUCACUGCUUCCCAAAGUUAUCGAGGGGAAGAGAGUUAGUAUGUUUUUUGGUGGCGGUGGGAAUACUAUUGUGAUGACGAAGGGGACGCUUGUCAUGCCUGUGCAAAUGGUAAGAACGGACGAUCAACGGUUCGCCACGAUUAUAUACUCCUCAAACAACGGCACCAGCUGGACCGUUGCAAAAGGUUUCACGGAUUCAGGGUGUAGGGAGUCCUCAGUUCUUAUCUGGAAGCGUAAAAUGCUUCUUGUUGCGCGGUCCGACGAUGGUUAUACUAAAGUGUUUGAAUCGGACUACAUGGGCGACGUAUGGACGGAGUCCCUCGGGACAAUAUCUCGAGUAUUAGGAAAUUCACCCGAUCGGAGAGGGCCUGGAAAUCAGGGUAGUGCCAUCACCAUCCCUCUCGGAAACGAGACGGUUAUGUUUUUCACUCAAACAACCGUAUCCAAUAGCUCUGACAGCAAUGAGGGAGACAUUAAUCGAAUCGACCAGCGCAUCUGGUUUAGCGAUGGCAGCCGCAUGGUUAAGGUCGGACACAUUUACUGGAACGACCACUUAUCAAGCAGCCGUAGUUAUCUUUUGUACUCCAACAAUAGGCUCUUGUGUGCCUACGAGAUGGGUGCAGAGAAGGCGUAUGCUAUCACCGUCAGGAGCCUGGUUGGUGAAUUGGAAAAUGCAAGAUUUGCGCGAGAGACGUGGGCGAGACAGGAUGCAUAUAUCUCAGGUAUAUGCUCUUCAGCGAAGGAAAGCGCACCCUGUGCGAGCGGUGUUCCCGUAGAUGGCCUUGUUGGGCUCCUUUCCAGCAUGGUAAACGGGACUGCGUGGGUGGAUGCUUAUUUUUCUGUGAACGCUAACUUCGUUGGAGGUUUGGCCGGCCCUGCGGGUCUGACAUUUGAAGGAACAGCACGCGGGGGUCGGUGGCCUGUUGGUGUGCAGGGGCAGAAUCAACGAUUUCACUUCGCCAACACUCAUUUCACGCUGGUGCUGACACUGACAAUUCAUGAGCAAACUGCACCUAGAGCUCCAGUGCUUGUUACACGUCUUUACGAGAAUGGGAGCUACAUAGACUUGGAAUUCUCAUACACAGAUGACAAGAGAUGGCAUAUAAAGUAUGGUGCGGAAUACGGCUCGACAUCUGGGCAAUGGGCGUUAAACCAAGAACACCAGUUAGCAUUUGUGCUCCGUGGUGGUACUAUCGCUGUGUAUCUCGACGGGAAACGUAUGCCAACGAUGGCAAGGAUGUUAGCAGGAAACGGUAAUCUGCUCAACAUCACCCAUUUUUAUAUUGGUGGCUAUGGCACGGUAAAGCAAAGCCCCAGAGACAGGUUAACCAUACGAAACGCUAUGCUGUACAACCGCCCAUUGAAAAAGGCAGAGAUCGACAAGUUGUUCGCAGCGAAAAGCGGGAUAACCGCUGCAACAAAAGGCAUAGAACCACUCACACCCAAGUGGAAUCAUAAAACCAAAGACCUUGAACCGCAGAGUGGUGAUGGGCGCGCAGACCACGCGUUCCGUACCCCUUCAUGGGCAUUACCUUUGUUUGUUCUGCACUUAUAUUCCCUAUUUAUGUAA